CUUAGUUAAUCAUCCCAGCCAGGUCCCCCUUGAAGAACCAAUGGUGGUUGGAAAAUAUAUAGAUAACCCUCUGCUGAUUAACGGACACAAGUCUGACCUACGGCUGUAUGUUCUAGUCACUUCAUACGAUCCUUUAAUUAUUUAUCUAUACGAGGACGGAUUAGUCAGGUUUGCUACAGUUAAAUAUGAUAAUUCUGGAAAGAAUCUGUGGAAUCCUUGUAUGCAUUUAUGUAAUUAUUCAAUCAAUAAAUAUCAUUCAGAUUACAUAAAAGGAAGUGAUCCUGAUAAUGAUGAUCAAGGGCAUAAAUGGUCACUAAGUGCAUACCUGAAACAUUUAAAAGCAAAUAAUAUUGAUACCGGCCAGCUGAUGCAGAGUAUAGAAGAUGUGAUAAUAAAGAGUAUUGUAUCAGUUGAAUUUCCUGUAAACAGUGCUUGUAAGAUGUUUGUACCACACAGAAAUAAUUGCUUUGAACUAUACGGGUUUGAUAUCCUGGUAGACAGCGAGCUGAAGGCCUGGUUGAUAGAAGUAAACCUGUCUCCGUCCCUAAACGUUGAUACUCCAGUGGAUCUAAAAAUUAAAUCUGCGAUGAUUAGGAACAAAAACAAUUUUUGA